UGCCUUGGCUGAGCUGCGCAGCUGCUGCAGAGAUCUCACGGCGGCGCAGAUGAAAGUAUCGGUCUGGGCUUUGUCGCAGCACCGAGAGCUCGCUCCUUCGGCCCCGUCUCGUGAUCAUCAUCACAUCCAUCGCCAAAAACGCCGUGCCGUGCACACCCACGACAACCAACAUUCGAGCGGAUAAUAAGAGAAAAGCCGAUAGGUCGAUAAAUAGCCUAAAUAUGGCGUCUAUAACCGCGUUAUAACCGUAAACAUCGACUGACGGUAGGGACUAGUGCCUCGAUAACCUAACCGCGCAACAGAAGAGGAGGAAAGACGCACUUGUUCAGGAACAUCACUUGUGUAGGUCGGGUCGGAAGAUAGGCUGCUCACUGGCCCAAAGAGACAUGAGACAACUGCAGGAGGCAGGUAACUAGGCAACAAUAGAAACACUGCACGCGCCACGGCGGGAUAACAUGGGGUACAAGUACCCCGGGGCAGCGAUGGACCGCGUCAGCUUGCUGUGGCGUCUACGUCGUCGGGCUCGUCGCGGGGCGCUGUGUAUGGGCCUCUUCUGCAUCUCCAUGGCAAUGCUCUAUGCCCUCUGCGCCGAGAACAGCGUACCCGUCACCGAUGCUAUCUUCGGGGUGCGGGCACGGACCCGUGCCCAGCCCCGGGCACACUCCAUCAUCAAGGUGCUGAGAGGUGGGGCCAAGCCCAUGUACCUCGACCCCCAGAAGCUCCCCGGCAUCGUCCCUGGCAACGCCCACCGUCCAAUCCCAGUCCUCUCCUCCCCAAACCACACACAGGAAGUCACAGCUAAGGAGACACACCCCAAACACCCCAAGAGAGAGCGAGAGUCUUCGGGAUUCUUCGCCUGGCUCUUGCCGCGCCCCUUCAGGCGGGCCAUGGAGACCCUGUUUGGGGGUCGUCGUCGGGGGGAGCUUAGUGGAACAGUCGGGGACGCAGAAUUUUUUGGUCCUCACAGAGCUCUGGGGGAGGUCUGGGACGACGAGAUGUCCAGUAGCAUGCUGGGGAAGAGGCUGAGGAAAGUGGUGCAGAACUAUCAGGCGAUGAAUAAGUAUGGUGUGGAGUUCUCUGGUCCUGGGGGAGUGGCCACUCGUCCUAAAGUGAGCGGCUCAGAGUUGCUGUGCCAGCUGAAGUACAAGGUAGACGUUGCGACCCUGACCCCUGACCUCGAGCCCUUCUCCUCUCUGCCCUGGGCGUACCAGUUGCCCCUACAACCCAUUACCUCUGACCUUGGACCCUACAAGAGCUGUGCAGUGGUAUCAUCGGCUGGGUCACUACGCUACUCUGGACUGGGCAAGGAGAUUGACUCCCAUGAUGCAGUGCUGCGGUUCAACGCAGCGCCCACCGUGGGGUACGAGAAAGACGUCGGCUCCAAGACCACCGUCCGCCUCCUUAACUCCCAGGUGAUGGCAUCAGACGACCACCGCUUCCUGUCAAGCUCUCUGUACAGCACAGGUGUUCUGGUGGCCUGGGACCCUUCCCCCUUUUCUGCUGACCUCAGCCAGUGGUACAACAAGACUGACUACCCCAUCUUCGCCCAGUACCAGCGGUACAGGAGGCUCCACCCCCUCCAGCCCUUCUACAUCCUGCACCCCAGCUUUGAGUGGCAGCUCUGGCAGCGAAUCCAGGACAACAUGGCCGAGCCCAUCCAGAAGAACCCGCCCUCCUCUGGACUGCUGGGUACGGUUUUGAUGAUGUCCCUGUGUGAGGUAGUACACGUGUAUGAGUUCCUGCCAUCUCAGAGGAAGACGGAACUGUGUCACUACUACCAGCGCUUCUACGACGCAGCCUGCACUCUGGGGGCCUACCACCCCCUGCUCUACGAGAAGAACCUGGUCAAGAGGAUGAACCAGGGGCUCGACAGGGACAUCUACACCCACGGACGGGUCACCCUGCCUGGGUUCAGCACUCUCAACUGCACCCGGGGGCCUGAAAUUGUACCAGCAAGCGCUGACUGAGAUAAUAAGAGCGAUCAUAUUACAGUCAGAAACACACACAGGUGGUAAAUACAGAAACACAAUCAUAUUCACAAGCACAGCAUGUAUAACAAUAUGACUGACUACUUUAUCAUGUGCAAUCCCUUCAGACAAUCUCUAAAUCAUGGACUGAUGGACAUUGACAGACAUGUAUACAUGUUUGACACUGCCAUAACUAAAUGGAAUCUUGUAACUAAUGUAAAUACCCUCAAAAAUACCCUCAAACACGCACAGGUGCACAGAAUUCCUUGUGACAGCACAUACAAGAAAUCACACACAUACAUCAUACAAUGGACUGUCUGCAAAAAAAACACAAACUCACAGUUUUGCCGAUAUCCCUCUUUCCCUAUGUGAAUAUAAGCUAUAGUAGUCAUUCCACUGUGAGGCGCUGUUGUCCUGUCUCUGUCUCUCAGGUUGUGACUGAGGGACAGAGAGAAGAGAGCAGCUCCUCUCUCAUUACUGAAGAUUGUCUCUGCAUGCCUGCCUUCAGCUGCACUACCACACACAUACACCGAACCUGUACCUGUACCCUAUGUGGACUAGUUGAAAAUGGACUUGAAGAGAAACUGAGGAGACUGCAUGAAGCUCUGACAAGAAGAGUGGCACCUCUUGGAUAUGCUAUAUAAUUGACCAUAGACCUGAUGGAGAUAAAUCCCUGAGUGAAAUCUGAAGGCUAACUGAAGGAAGCAACUGGAGUUCAUAGCAUGAUGCGUGACAUCUAAGGGCGACCCAGAGAUUACCUCAUCAAGACAUGGACCAGAUACAUUGGGUCACAGAGGUUGUGCGGUGACACACACACACACACACACACACACACACACACACACACACACACACACAAGCCAGACUAGCAGUCUUCUCACUCAUGAAUGAGCCAACCAUCCAGCCCACCAUGGACCAAUGAGUACUGAGAACAGUUGUUCUGGACUGGCUGAGGAUUUCGUGGGCAUCUAAUGCCCCUUUGUGGGUGAACAAAAUAACUGGAUUAUUGUAUUUCCUUCCAGGAAGAAAAAAAUGGAAGUUUGUUAAAAGUAGAAGUUUGUUUUGGCAAAUAAAAACCCUGGUCUGCAUUCAAAAUGGCAACCCUGAUCUAAUCAAAUGAAGAAAGGAUUUCUAGGACUGCACUGAUUUACCUACUCUACGAGAACCAAAUAAUGCUUUAUUUGUCAUUUUUACUGAGAUGCAUAAUAACUUUAUAAUUUACACCUCCAAGGCGGCUUUAUAGAUUUAGAAUCAUUGAUGUCAUAAUAUUGAAAAUAUAAGUAGAAUGACAGUCAAACCCCUUGUUGUUGCACUUCUGUCCAUGUUUGCCAGCCUUUCUCCCCUACCCUGCCUGUUACAUGUCAAAUGUCAUAGCAUCUCAUCAUUCUGCACUCAUAAGUUAAUUCUAUACCAUCCUGCUCAGACAACCCCAGUCUUCAUAGCAAACCACUGCUCACCUCGGUAACACUGCCCACACGUUAGCCGCCCCUACGUUACAAAACGCUUUUACCCAAUAUUGCACAAAAUGGUUGCUAACAUUGCCAAUAUGGUAGGGUUGCUGAUACAUUUUCAAUAGUAAGAAUGAUCCGAAUAAUGUAAUUGACUUUGAAUUUGUGUUCAGAUCAUUUGUUAAACCAACUGAAUGAAUGAAUGUGCUUCUGGAGUGUGCAUUGUUGCACUGCCUAUACAUACAUCCACCAUUUCCCAACCAGCACAGAACAUUCUCCUAAUGUAGCCACAACAUUGGGAAAGUAAGGCUGUUUAUGUUAUUUUUAGACCAUGGCUAGGAGUGUUUUUAGAAUGUUUACAGAUGUUGUUUAAUGGUUUCUUUGGGACUUCUGUCACCCUGAUAUCAAUGUGUAUCACUAAACAGAAAUAUUAAUGCAAUGUUUAAAGUGUUGGUCCCAUGUUUCAUGAUCUGAAAUAAAAGAUCCCCGAAAUUUUCCAUACGCACCAAAAGCUUAUUUCUCUCAAAUUUUGGCCACAAAUUAGUUUGCAUCCCUGUUAGUGAGCAUUUCUCCUUUGCCAAGAUAAUACAUCCACCUGACAGGUGUGUCAUAUCAAGAAGCUGUUUAAACAUCAUAAUCAUUACACCGUUGCACCUUGUGCUGGGGACAAUAAAAGGCCACUCUGAAAUCUGCAGUUUUGUCACACAACAAAAUGCCACAGAUGACUCAAGUUUUGAGAGAGCGUGUAAUUGACAUGCUGACUGCAGGAAUGACCACCUGAGCUGUUGCCAAAGAAUUUUAUGUUAAUUUCUCUACCAUAAGCCGCCUCCAUCGCAGUUUUAGAGAAUUUGGCAAUACGUCCAACCGGCCUCACAGCUCACGUGUGUGGCGCCAUGUGGGCGUGCGGUUUGCUUAUUUCACUGUUGUGAACAGAGUGCCCCAUGGUGGUGAUGGGGUUAUGGUAUGGGUAAGCAUAAGCUACGAACAGCGAACACAAUUGCAUUUUGAAUGCACAGAAAUACCGUGACGAGAUCCUGAGGCCCAUUGUGAGGCCCAUUUAUUUAAAAAACCAAGCAAGGAUAUGCAUUUUCUUAAUACUAUUUGAAAGGUAACUCUUUAAAGUUUGUGGAAAUGUGAAAUUAAUGUUGGAGAAUAUAACACAUUAGAUCUGGUAAAAGAUAAUGCAGAGAAAAAAACAUGGUUUUUACAUUUUUGUUUGUUUGUUCAAUCAUCUUUGAAAUGUAAGAGAAAGGCCAUUAGUACGCUUAAGAGUCUAGGCGCAAUUUAGACUUGACACUAGAUGGCAGCAGUGUAUGUGCAAAGUUUUAGACAGAUCCAAUGAACCAUUGUUUUACUGUUCAAAAUGUUGUAUCAAGUCUGCCCAAGUGUGCCGAAUUGGUCAACUGACACGUUUUCAUUUACAUAACUAUAGAGAACAUACAAAAAUGAUAUGGUAAUACAAAAUGUAUUUUACACACUCCCAGGAAUGUGGAUAAUUGGAUAAUUAGCUUCCCUAGGCAUUUUCUUAUAUGGGCAGAAAGCUUAAAUUCUUGUUAAUUAUUCAUUUCCAUAUGAACACAUUUUUUACACAUUUUAAGUUGAUUGAACAAGUUUGUGCAUUCAGAGGUGAAUUUAUCAAACCAGUUGCCGUGAUAAAGGUUUUUUGAUGUUGUGCACUCUCCUCAAACAAUAGCAUGGUAUUUUUUCACUGUAAUAGCUACUGUAAAUUGGACAGUGGAGUUAGAUUAACAAGAAUUUAAGCUUUCUGCCCAUAUAAGACAUGUCUAUGUCCUGGGAAAUGUUCUUGUUACUUACAACGUCAUGCUAAUCACAUUAGUGCACCUUAGCUCAACCGUCCCAUAGAGGUUUUAAGGUAUCUUGGAACAUCAGGCAACUGUAUUCCCAGUCAUGUGAAAUCCAUAGAUUAGAGCCUAAUGUAUUUCUUUCAAUUGACUGACUUCAUCAUAUGAAUUGUAACUCAGUAAAAUCUGUAAAAUUGUUGUGUUUAUCAAAGUGAACAGAUUUUUAAAUAACAAAUUGUUGUGUGAACCUUUGCAAAUCAAAUAGAAAAAAGCUUAGUUUGCUGGGACCACACUUUCCGCAAACUGUAUUUCACAGUUCAGUUAAAACAUACACAGAGACUGAAAUAUGAUGCUUAAAAAAUUUGAUGGGUGCUUAUAUUUGUAAAAGUGUAUGAAAUGAAAACUUGUAUUUUGCAUAUCCCAAGGCCCCCUCCCCUGAGACACCCUUGAAGAGUGGGGCCACUGGCCAGGGUCAGCCAUUAACAAUGGCGUCCUUUGAGCAAUUACGUUUAAGUGCCACGCUCAAGGACACAUCGGCAGAUAUUUCAGCUUGUCGGCUCAGGGAUUUGAACUAGCGACAGUCUCAACGUUCUAAACGCUAGACUACCUAACACCCUCAGAUUGUUGUACAUGUUUGUAUGGUCCUUGGUUUGUCAGUACAGAUUUGACCAGUCCAUUCCUUGGAUCAUGACAAACUAAAAAGGUGUUGAAAGGGACUUACAUCAUUAAUGUACUUGUCUUAAAAUAUUUCAAUUUAAAAAUAAUUUCCAUAUGAACAAAUUGUUUACACAUUUUAAGUUGAUUGAACUUCUCCCAAACUUGCCUAUUUAGCUAGGUUUCCUUCCAAUUUGUGACAGAUUUUCAUGUGAAUAUUCAAAAAUCUGCAUUAAACAAUAUGCACAUUGUCCCACCAGAGAUGUUUCCAUCAAAGUUGCUUUUUUUGCGGUUAAAAGACUGUUUGUGAUGACGUAGUGCACAUAAAAAUAACUUUUAUAUACCAAA